UAACAGGGAAGGUUGUGCAGAGCAGAGAGAGUGGGACUGUUCUUUGCUCAUCAUGGGUUCAUCUGCUGCAGCUCUGAUAUUCUGCUCCCUGAUAUGGUCAGUGGCGACUCAGGCUCCCGUCGUCACCGUGGAGCCUCGGACCGCCACCAUCCGCCAGGGAGAGUCUGUCAGCUACAGGUGCCAAGUGAAGAGCAGCGUCCAGCCUGUUCGGCUGGAGUGGAGAAAAGGCAAUAAUCAAGCGCUGGAAGACAAUGUAAAGAUUGGCCCUGAUGGGUCUGUGCUGACGGUUGCAAAUGCUCGACCCGGAAACCAUGGCCAGUACCGCUGUGUGGCCAUCAGCACUGCUGGUCGCAGCUUUGGCAAUGCUGUGCUGAAUGUCAAAUAUCCUCCUAAAGUACAGCUGACACCUGCAGGGCCCCUGCAGGUCAGGACAGGGGCUGCCGUGACAGUGGAGUGUGGUGCCACUGGUAGGCCACGGCCCACGGUAACCUGGAAGCGCAGAGGCUCCACCCUUCACCUGGUAACUCAGGAGAUAAAUGACGUCCACACUAUAAAGUGGCCUUCGGCACGCCCAGAGGACUCGGGAGUGUACGUCUGCCAAGCCGACAACAACGUUGGGAAAUCAGAGGCUGCGGUGGAGCUCACGGUGGUGGGUCCCCCUGGUGCACCAGUGGCUUCAGUGAACAUUGAAGAGAUGAGAGCGGUUGAGGGACAAACCGUUACAAUGGAGUGUAAAGCUACAGGCUCCCCUCCCCCAGUCAUAACCUGGUCCAAGCUACGGGCACCGCUGCCAUGGAAGCACACGGUGGCUGACGGAGUUCUGACGCUGACGGGCGUGGGGCGCCAAGACUCGGGACAGUACAUCUGCAACGCAACCAACACACUUGGCUACAGCGAGGCAUACACAGAGAUGGAGGUGGACUCUCCUCCAUACGCCACCUGCCUGCCUGACCAGGUGCGGCUCCAGCCUGGAAACCCUCUGCUAAUCCAAUGCCUCGCCCACGGCACUCAUCCAAUCCAGUUCACCUGGAGCCGGGUGGGAAGAGGCAAUUUACCCGCCCAAGCAGAAACCACAAGGGAUGGCAAGCUAAUGAUAGCCAGCGUUAAACAGGCCGACAGUGGAACCUACAAAUGUGUGGCCACCAACUACAUUGGUUCGAGUGAGGCCACGGCGAAAGUCAUCAUAAAAGCCUAAACAAGCAUGGACACGCAAGUUUCCCAUUGGCAUUAAAAUGUAUGCAGCAAAAAUGAUAUUGAAUAUAUCCAUGUACUGUGGAGAAUGAAAGCCAACGUUUUUUUUUUUUAUAAUUAUUGUAAUCCUCAUCCAACAAUUACAUCUGUUAGAUUUUUAUUCUUGGGGACGAAAGCUGAAAGAAAUAAUUCAGUUUAAACAUUUAACUGUCUAUGUAUCUGUUUUUCCUUCAGAUUGUUUGACCCAAGAAAAGACUCUGACCAAACAAGUUUGAAAUCCUAUUUAAAAGCUUCUGUGUUAUAAAGUAAAAUAAAUUGAGACUAAAUAAAAAUAUACUGUUUAAAUUAUA